GCUUUCACUCCAUCCGCGAUUAAUUACGAAGACGAUUGUGUACGCGCAGCGCUUCUAUUUACUCAACUGCUUCGCCCGCCGAAAGAUAAAGAAACUACCAGUGCCUACGUUUCACACCAGUAUCUUAUCGCGAACACUCUAUUGAUCGCUCACCAUACACCGCGUUCGCCUCGCCUUAAACGGACGACAGAACCAGCCUUAUUGUUCAAUUUAACUUUAAAACGCUAUUGUGGCCGCGAUGUUACCGGUGAAGUCAUAAUGUGCGCCGUAUAAAAAUAGAACCGUGCGUUUACAGGAAAAUAGUGUCAAUAACAAAAGUGUUGCGGUUUGUAAUCGAGCGGAAAUGGCGGCCAAAUCGCCUACAUUAAGUUUGAAGUCGCGGGAAAUCAUCGGUGUGGAUCAGUUCAGUCAGCGCCGCGAAGUGUUCGACAAACACGACACCGUGUUCCUCCCGCUGGCGUCGCCCACCAACCUGGCGCCCUCUUACGUCGAAGUCGAGCCUAUAGUCACGUCCAACCACGGAAAGACUACCACCAAUUUCAAACGUAACGGCCCUGUAUAUUCAAGCAUGAGGGAAUCGCGAACGGACAACUCGGAAGUUUUCGAAUUCCGAACACGUAAAUAUUCCGACAAUUUCACUUCGGAGUCGAACCAGGAUGACGAUGUGGAUUACAGGCGGAGCAUGACUGAGCGAACUCGGCGAUUAUCCAAGUUACGGCGAGAGUUCUUAACUUCCAACUUACACGAGCCAAGUAACGAUAGCACAUUCACGCGCGCCGGCACCCGCGCCUCCAUGCCGGUAAGAAGCGGCUCCAUAAAGUACAAGAUAGAGAGUCCCAAUUUAUAUAAAUUUCCAUUUGCGGAGCGAAUCGCAACUCCACCUUCAGUGCGCAAAGUUACCGUAGACUUAGGUCCGUCAGAAGUCGAUAGUGGAAAGGAGAACCAAGAUCCUGAGUUUAGAUCCAAAAUCGUUAGCUUGCCAGAUACUGAUGCUUUGAAGAAACUAGACCAUCAAAAGAUGUUCGAGGAACUUGUAAAAAGAUAUUCCCCACAACGCAAGCCGGUCGACUGGAAGAUACCUCCUACCAAACCCAGGAUAGUAGAUUCAGUUCCUAAACUAACCACACCUAGCAUGGCGAGCCAAGAGAGCUCGGAUAGCAAGAAACAAAUAGAUAAUAAGACAGUCAAAUCAGAAGAUGAAGAUGUUUUCGACAAAAAGCCUGAAACUGAAGUAAGUUUAGUUAUUGAAGAGAACGAAGUAGAACCAAAGGAAGCCCGUAACGGGGCCGGGAUUAUUUUACAAGAAGCAGAUGAUAACAAAGAAAGAGAGUCUAAAAUAUCUCUGACAGAGCUGGCUGAGAAGAACGAUGAAGUACCAGAAUUAUCGAGAAUCACUCGACAAAUUAGCAAGGAAUCGGCCAAAAGGCCACCUUUAGACAAAAUAGUUGAUUUAACGAUCCCCGAUUUGCUAGAGAAGAUGAGUGUGGAAGGCGAGAACUUAGAGCACAAGAAAGACCAGAAAAAGGUGAAACGGAAGAGAAGUUUUCUGGAUAAACUGCUCGGGCGUAACAAAAAGGAUAAAGUUAUAGUUGGUAAUGAUAAAUAAUAAUAUAGGUAGUCGCUGCAUUGCACCUACUACACCUGCCAAAGACUAUCAAGAGUAUCAAGGUUGAUUGGUGAUAAUGAUAAAAUAAUGACGUCAAAGUUUACAUAUAAGUACAUUUUUAUACAUAUUGAAGCGGUAGUACCUAUUUUCGAUAAAUUAUUUUUAUUAUAAUUAAGCCUCAGACUUCCUCUACUCGACUCUUUAUCUAAAUGCAAUGGCUGGGUUAUCAAUAGCUGAUAAAAAGUAAGUGCCAUGUGACACUCCCUAUCUGCCAAAUUCUUAGUAAUGGUUAUAAAGUGUGGAGUUUUAAGGCUGGGCACGCAAGUGUUGAACUCGGUUACGUUAAGUCAGUGAUGACCUUUUCCUUACUAAGAGAACUUUUUGAAAAAUUGCAAAACUAUUGUUUUUGCGAUUAUGAAAGACUGUGUGCACGGUAAAAGCCGGCCAUGUACGAACUGGUAUAUUUAUUUUUUUAUUUAAUGCUAAUUUUGAUGCAGCACUUUUUCAAUUAAACACCUCAUUAUUGACCGAGCGCGAAUAUUUUACACAAUACCUAUGCGUGAUACAGUCCAUUAAAAUUGUUUAUGUAUGUAAUAUAUUCGUAAAUUAUAAAAUUACUCGUCCAGUCUUAUUAAUUAGUCAUUGGGUAUAACUGUAUAUAUGUAUAAUAUAAAAUAACGAUAAGUAAGAACAUAGAACUCGCCAAAUACCUAUGUCAACUUCCUUCCUGUUAAUAAGUUCAAUCUGUAUUUAUUUUGUAUUAUUACACGUUAUAUAUCGCAGAUUUUGAAUUUUACAUACAUUUUCUGCUACAAUAUUUUGAUUUUGUUUUUAAACUUAAUUUGUAAUAAAUAAUAAGUACAUGAAUUUAACAGAAAUAUAUUUUAUUUAGUACAUUGAUAAAAUAUACAAUUUUUCUAAGUAUCAUGA